AUGUCGGUGUGGAACCCAGAGAACGUGACCGACGUCGCAGAGUCGGUCGGUAUCGCGUCGCUGAAUCGCGAGGUGGCAGAGCAUCUGGCAAGAGACGUGGAAUACCGCAUAAGUCAGGUGUUGGAAGAGGCGCUCAAGUUCAUGCGACAUGCGAAACGGACGACCCUUAUAACCCAGGACAUAUCACAAGCAUUGCGACUGCUGGAUGUAGAACCUCUGUAUGGCUACGAGUCUACGCGACCGCUGCGGUUCGGCGAGGCUUCCAUAGGGCCUGGACAGCCGCUGUUCUACGUUGAGGAUGAGGAGGUUGAUUUCGAGAAGCUCAUCAAUGCGCCGCUUCCCAAAGUGCCGCGCGAGAUCAGCUUCACUGCACACUGGCUGGCCGUGGAAGGCGUGCAGCCGAGCAUACCACAGAAUCCGACACAAGCAGACCAGCGGAAUCAAGAGCUAGCAACCAAAGGGCAGAAUGCGAACACACUGGCAGCUGUCAGCGGUAACGACAACGUCCAGGUCAAGCCGCUCGUGAAGCAUGUGCUUUCCAAGGAGCUUCAACUCUAUUUCGACCGCAUAUGCAGCGCCAUCAUGGACGAGACCAACGACGAGUACCGGGCUGCGGCGUUCGCAUCAUUACAGACAGAUCCUGGCCUGCACCAGCUGAUACCUUACUUCAUCCAAUUCGUGGCUGACAGGGUCACGCAUCACCUCAAAUCGCUCUUCAUCCUCACACAAAGCAUGCAGCUCAUAGCCGCACUACUGGAGAAUCCGAGCCUCUACAUCGCACCGUACAUCCCCUCUGUCAUCCCCUCGGUACUCACAUGCUUGGUAGGCAAGCAUCUGGGACCAAGCAACGCCGGAGACAUCCACUACUCAUUACGAGACUACGCCAGCAGCUUACUCUCCAGCAUUGCACGAAAAUACGGCUCGAGCUCAUCAACACUCAAACCGCGCAUAGCACGCUCGUGUUUGAAACAGUUCCUCGACUCCCACAAGCCAUACGGCUCACACUACGGCGCCGUCCUGGGCCUCACGAUGAUCGCAGGCUCAGCCGGUGUCCGAUCCCUCAUCCUCCCCAACCUCAAAGCGUACGACGCCCAUUUAUCAGAAGGCAUCAAAGACGACGCCAAGCGAGCCGAUGCCGAGAAAGUCGUCGAAGCCAUCAUGCGAGCCCUCAAUACUCUGGAGGAAGAUUACGUCGGCGCAGUCCAAGCGAACGGUCAUCCGGAAGGCGAGACGCUGAAGGAACGACUCGUGGAGGCUUUGGGAGAGGUUAUCGGCACGAAGGUCUACGAGAGUGGAAGGCACACUUUGAUCAACGCGGUGUUGGAACGAGACCUUGCUGUCUAG